AUGAAACGAAUUCAAGAGGCUCCAGUCAGCCUUUCGCAGAGCACUGACUUCAGUCUUCCAUUGACACUACCAUGGGGGCCACUGGAAUCACCUGUUAUGCCGGGCACAACCUUUUUUUCGAGGUUGUCGUCUUCCGCAGAUCCAUGGUCUAAGAGGUCGCCCUUCCUCAAGAAGUCUUUAGACGACAUCACGCUUCAAUAUGACAACGGCGACGGCGGAACCGCGACAUAUCAAUCAUCUGAGACUACAAUGAGCUCUACAUCAUCGGAACACCUGAGUCUGGCUUUUGGCAUAACUGUCGGAAACCAGUGGCUCAACGUAAGCGUUACAGGUGGCUACGAUAAAGACACUCUUGAGAAUAGCGACGGUCGGAAGUUCUCAAUGCGAGCCUCGUUUCGGUGCGGCAGUGUAAUGCUACUGGAGAAACCUCGCCUAUCCAAGGAGGCUCGAAUUCUUCUCAAGUACGGAGGUGGUAUCGAGGAGUUCAAGAAACGGUACGGAGACUAUUACGUUGCAGGAUAUCGACUAGGUGGCGAUGCGGGAGUGCUUGUGAGUGAGUCCAGAUCAUCGAAGGCAGUUAACGAGCGACUUUCUGUCACCCCGAGUGCCAAGCUCUUGUUCAUAACUGUCAGCAAGACCUACGAAAAGUUCUUCUCCAGUGCGAGCAAAGAAAGCUGUUAUCGAAUUCACGGCUUCGAUACCCUCGAGAAUCAGAGUAUCCCGGCUGAAGCUCCCAUCUCAGUUUAUUCUGAGUCCGGAAUUGCGGACCUGCUAACUAAGGCUGCUGUAUUGGAGAAGCACUGUCUCAAGCUAGCGGAACGAGCUUAUAGACAGAUUGAAGCCACAGGCCUGAGGUCUGGUCAAGAAGUUGAGGCCCAGAUACUCGUGGAACUUCUGAGAUCCAAUCUUGUGGUUGAGAUUUGCUUAUUGCCCAUCUGCCGAUUGCGCGAAGUCAUUGAAUGGUCAAUUUCCAAGGAUAUUAUUUAG